GACGGGGAGAGGGGCAGCAAUGCCCUCAGUGUGAGGCUGUGCAGGCACAGCUCCCUCCUCCCGCGGGCAGAAUGGAGAAGGAUCCCGCCACCCACAGGAGGCACCGGCCGGGCCCCGGGGCCCUGCCCUCGGGAGUGGCCCCUGGACAUCUCAAGGCAGCCAGCGAUGGGGCCGAGCUCCAGAGAAGCCGGAGCAUGGGCGGCUUGCACCAGAAGGGGGACCCCCCCAGCCGCAUCAGGAAGCUGCGCAGGGAGCCCGAGUCUGAAGACCAGGGGCAAGACCCAAGGAGGGAUGCAGAUGACACCAUCUGUCAGGUGAACCUCGAGGAAGACAGGAAGGAGAAGGCUCAGGAUGCCCUGGGAGGCCUGGCCCAGGAGUGUGGGAAGACAGAGUCUGAGGUCGAGAAGAGCGACUCCGAGGCCAGCUCCAAGGAGGAGCAGGCAGGGGCGUGUGCAGGCAGCUGCGCCCUGGAGGCUGAGGAACAAAAGCUGGAGUCCAUGAAACUGAACAACCUUCUGGAAAAAGAGAAACCAUCUGCAUUCGUGGAGAUUGACCUGGGAGAUCAUGCCGAGGAGGUGGCCACCUGUGCUGUGAGAGAAGAGAAGUGGGGCGAGAUGGACAUAGGAGAUUUGUCAGAAGAUGAGACCAGGACCAGCUGGGUAUGCUGUAUCCCGUACCCCACCAAGAGGAAGGCGAAGGGGUGCACCGCCACCCUGGAGAAGGUACUCAGCGCCCAGGGCGGGGCGGGCGGGAGAGCACGGGUGGUCACACCUCCUGUGCCCGCCCAGGUUCCCUCUGACCAGGUGCCCAGGGAGUCUCUCGGGAUUGGCCAGAGCUGAAGCAAUGAGGGGCAGGUGAAGCUGGGAUGCCAGAGACCCCGACCAACCUGAGAGCGCAGCCCUGAGGACCACCGGGCCACGUCCUGGCCCCUGGGGCGUGAUAUCACCUUUCACAAGACAGAUCCUAGGAAACCACCAUCCAAGAGCGGCGGCUGCACUGGACUCGACGCCACCACAGAAUUCACACUCCUCCACGGCUUAUUCAUUAAAAGACGGCCAGGAUAUGCCUGGUUGCUGGAGCUCAGAUACGAUUCCGCAUCGAGCCCAUGGGGCCAGGCUCUGCCUGAGCUUCACCGUGGGGCCCAAAGCAAAUCCCCACGUGCCUUGCACAAAGCAAGAAGCAGAAGCAAAACCCUCAAAGAAGGACAUCAGCCCCCCAGUGCCUAGCCCCAGGGAUGUGGGGACACAAAGGGCCAAGGGAGAACAGGGGUCUGCGGGCCAGGCUGGGCAGGGGUCUGCAGGGUAGAGGGUCUUCUCUCUGGGAUGGGAGUUGCCAGGAGUCACGUCCAAAGGGACACACUGGGGACAGAGACCUCCUGCCCCCCUCCUCCCCCCACCUAAGGCUCCCCUGGUACUCAGAACUCAGCAUGGGGACACCCUGGGCGACAGGGGCAGAAAGACUGCUGGGCUGUGGAAGCCUCUGGAAGGGCUGAUCCAGACUGUGUCUCAGGGUCUUUUCCUGCACUGUGCGGGCCUAAUCUCAGGACACCUGGGGCUUAGUCCACUGAUUGGGGCCCUCUGAAGGGUAGGAGAGUGUCCUGUGGAGGGCAGGGGCCAGCCGCCCAGGACCACUGGAUUCACUCAUCCAGUGUGGCUCUGACAAA